GUAUAAAUUUUAACGGAAAUGUUUAGCUUCACUUUCCGCAGUUCCUCAAGUUGAAACCUUACAUUUUUCCUAUAUCUAUCACGUUUGUUAGUUUGAAGAAAAGAGGAUCGCAAUUAGAUGGGUUCACUGGCGUUUCUGCAUUCAAUCAGUAGCCCUCACGGCUGCUUCAUCAAAUACAAGGAUGAAGUCAAGAAUUCAUCGGUUAAGAAGCUUUGUGUUAGAGCGUCUGUUGCUACUUCAGUGCCUCACAACUUACAGGUUGAAGAAAAUCAAGGCAAUAAAUUGGAAAAGUUCCGAAUUGGUGUGCUUGGGGCCAGUGGCUACACUGGUUCUGAGAUAAUCAGGCUGUUGGCAAAUCAUCCAAACUAUCAAAUAACGUUGAUGACAGCUGAUAGAAAAGCCGGCCAGUCCAUUGGAUCAGUGUUUCCUCAUUUGGUCAAGCAAGAUUUACCAGAUAUGGUUGCUGUUAAGGAUGCCGAUUUUUCGAAUGUGGAUGCUGUGUUCUGUUGUUUACCUCAUGGCACAACUCAGGAAAUCAUCAAAAGUCUACCAAGUAGCUUGAAGAUAGUCGAUCUCUCUGCGGACUUUCGCCUUCGUGAUGCCAAUGAAUAUGAGGAAUGGUACGGUCAGCCGCAUAAGGCACUGGAACUGCAGAAAGAAGCUGUAUAUGGCUUGACUGAGAUUUCUAGACCUGAGAUCGAAAGCGCACGCCUAGUUGCGAAUCCUGGCUGCUAUCCAACUUCUAUUCAGCUUCCACUUGUCCCAUUGAUAAAGGCUAAUCUCAUUCGAGUUGAAAACAUUAUUAUUGACGCCAAAUCUGGUGUUAGUGGAGCAGGCCGUGGAGCUAAGGAGGCCAAUCUGUACACAGAAAUAGCAGAAGGAAUGCAUUCUUAUGGUGUAACCAGGCACCGUCAUGUGCCAGAAAUUGAACAAGGACUAUCUGAAGCAGCAAAAUCGAAAGUUACUGUCAGCUUCACCCCACACUUGAUGCCGAUGAGCCGUGGUAUGCAAUCAACUAUUUAUGUGGAAAUGGCCUCUGGAGCAUCUAUUGAAGAUUUACGCCAACAUUUACGACAUGUUUAUGAGAACGAAGAAUUUGUUGUGUUGUUGGAAGACGGCCAGGUUCCUCACACUCGACAUGUUAGAGGAUCCAACUACUGCUUGAUGAAUGUAUUUGCAGACCGAAUCCCAGGAAGAGCAAUAAUCAUCUCUGUUAUUGAUAACCUUGUCAAAGGAGCUUCAGGGCAGGCUCUACAGAAUCUGAACUUAAUGAUGGGAAUUGCAGAGGAUACGGGACUCCUUUCGCCACCUCUGUUUCCAUAGAAUGGUGGUUUGCAUUUGAUAUCGAGACGGGAAGAUCGUGAAGGUGUAACGUAGCUGGGUAUGUGCUGAGCCGCUGGUUUCUUAGACUUCCAGAAUUAGAUAUAACUCUCUUGUCUUGCAAAGGAUUGGUGUUUUCUGCGUCUCAUGUUGUUUUGAUUAAUGGAAAUAAUGUGUUCCUUGCAAUCACAUUAUUAAUUAAAUAAAGAGAGAGUCUUUUUUUUUAA